UUAUGAUUGUUCCUGACAAUGGAUCCGCUUCCAGGAGGCCCUGCUUAGGAUAACCAAAAAAGGGCAUGGAGCCGGCUGGUUUUGGCAGCCUGCUCGAAGUUUCAAGCUUUUUAGGACUUGGUUUUUCUGAUGAGUGAUAUCCUGAGCAUGCCUAGGGAAUGACAGGCAUCUGCACGGGCAGACAGCAUCACCUUGGCGAGGGUGUCGUCAUUGGCUGCCUAUUAGAAAAACUACAGGACAAUGCAUACCACCGCCUGCUGACUGUAAACAUAGGGGGUAUGUGUUCACUUAGCAUGGACUUCUGGGAGGGGCCAAGGAAGGGCGGUCUGCAGUUUUAUUGAAUAGAGAGCAGUGUGCGUUAGGCUGCCUGCCUGCCUGCCUGCUUGCUCUCUUGCUGGGUUGCUUAAAGGAAUCCUUGCUUUCAAACAGCGGGACGUCCUUCUCCUCGGGAAGAAGCUGCAGCCCCAGAGAUCGAGAUAUUAUCUGGGCUCCCUAAACCCGAAACCUCACUAUGGAUGAUUUUGAACGUCGCAGAGAACUCAGGAGGCAAAAGAGGGAGGAGAUGCGGCUGGAGGCGGAGAGAAUUGCCUAUCAGAGGAAUGAUGAUGACGAAGAAGAGGCUGCCAGGGAACGGCGCCGCCGAGCCCGACAGGAAAGGCUGCGGCAGAAGCAAGAGGAAGAAUCCUUGGGACAGGUGACAGACCAAGUGGAGGCCCAUGUCCAGAACAGUGUCCCCGAUGAAGAGUCUAAGCCAGCCACUGCAAAUGCUCAGGUAGAAGGUGAUGAGGAGGCUGCUUUGCUGGAGCGCCUGGCCAGGCGAGAAGAGAGACGUCAAAAACGCCUUCAGGAAGCCUUAGAGCGUCAGAAGGAGUUUGAUCCAACCAUAACCGAUGGCAGUCUCUCAGUCCCAAGCAGAAGGAUGCAAAAUAACUCGGCUGAAAAUGAGACAGCAGAGGGGGAAGAAAAAGGAGAGAGUCGCUCAGGACGGUAUGAGAUGGAAGAAACAGAAGUGGUCAUCACGUCCUACCAGAAGAACAGCUAUCAGGAUGCUGAAGACAAAAAGAAAGAAGAAAAGGAGGAGGAGGAGGAGGAAGAGAAGCUGAAGGGAGGGAACCUUGGCGAAAAUCAGAUCAAAGAUGAGAAGAUUAAAAAGGACAAAGAGCCCAAAGAAGAAGUCAAGAACUUCUUGGAUCGAAAGAAAGGAUUUACAGAAGUGAAGGCGCAGAAUGGAGAAUUCAUGACCCACAAACUUAAACAAACUGAGAAUGCUUUCAGCCCCAGCCGUUCAGGAGGCCGGGCCAGCGGGGACAAGGAAGCUGAAGGCGCCCCACAAGUGGAAGCCGGUAAGAGGCUGGAAGAGCUGCGCCGACGCCGUGGGGAGACAGAGAGCGAAGAGUUCGAAAAACUCAAACAAAAGCAACAGGAGGCAGCCUUGGAGCUGGAAGAGCUGAAGAAAAAGAGGGAAGAGAGAAGGAAGGUUCUGGAGGAAGAGGAGCAGAGAAGGAAGCAGGAGGAGGCUGAUCGAAAAGCUAGAGAGGAGGAAGAGAAGAGGAGGUUGAAGGAAGAGAUCGAAAGGAGAAGGGCAGAAGCUGCUGAGAAACGCCAGAAGAUGCCGGAAGAUGGCCUAUCUGAGGACAAGAAGCCGUUCAAGUGCUUCACUCCUAAAGGCUCAUCUCUCAAGAUAGAGGAGCGAGCAGAGUUUUUGAAUAAGUCUGUGCAGAAAAGUGGUGUCAAAUCAACUCAUCAAGCAGCUGUGGUCUCCAAGAUUGACAGCCGGCUGGAGCAAUAUACCAAUGCAAUCGAGGGAACGAAAGCUUCAAAACCUAUGAAGCCUGCAGCAUCCGAUCUUCCUGUCCCUGCAGAAGGUGUCCGCAAUAUCAAGAGCAUGUGGGAGAAAGGGAGUGUGUUUUCAUCCCCCUCUGCCUCGGGGACACCAAAUAAGGAAACUGCUGGCCUGAAGGUGGGGGUUUCCAGCCGCAUCAAUGAAUGGCUAACUAAAUCGCCGGACGGCAACAAGUCACCCGCUCCCAAGCCUUCUGACUUAAGGCCAGGAGAUGUAUCUGGCAAGCGGAACCUCUGGGAAAAGCAAUCCGUGGAUAAGGUCACUUCUCCCACUAAGGUAAUAUACUGGAGGCAUCAUGUGUCAGAGAUUGGGGUCAAACGAGAAACCUUGCUGACUCGCAAAUCUGUGCAGAUGACAGUUUCUAAAAGUCCCAUGUAUAGCCCAAAGAAAGGACAAGUUACAAAGCCAUUGGCACUGAAGGUUUGUCAGGCUUACAACAUAAAUGGCUUAAAGUCAUGGAAUGAUUUCCAGUAAAACAACUUCUAAAUAGUUGUCAUAGUUGUGGAAAAAUAAGGCCAUAACUAUGGCCUAUCUUUCUUUGCAAGGUUCCUGACUGGCCACACAGUUAUUUGGGGGGAAACAAAUCUCUUAGAUGAAAUCGUGUGACUCCUUCAUUGGCUCCAUUUCUAAACUGUCCUAAGAGACAUUUUCACAGGCUCAGAUUUCAUAUAGCUAUGGCAGAAAUUUUAAACAAAGUAUGCUACCCUGUAAAAACCAGUGGCUAAGGAUGCUUGGUCUGCUAGGAAAAGGGUUUGCACACGUUUCAGAAACACACUCUGUGUGGUGUUUAACAGCUGCUCAGAGAAGAAACAGUACUGCUGGUGGUAUGGGGAGCUUAUUUCUGAUUGUAGCCUUUCCCAUUUCAAGAAACAGACCCAGCCCUGCCCUUCAAUGGGAGAAAAUUCAGAAAGGCCCCUCAGAGAUCAGUAAUAAGUAUGGUGAGAACACUCUGCCCUAAGGAUAGAGACUUCUAAAGCAAACUCCAGACCAAUGAGCUCACUCAAGCAGCUAAAAGAUCACUGAGAAUCACAUCAGUGAGGGAGUGACUGGCUCCUUUCCCAUGUUUUGUCCUCUCUUGGAUCCAGGACGGCUGCCUGAGUCUACCACUCCUUCUACUCAGUUAAAUAGUACUCUUUAGGUCCAAUGAAAUCCACUAGCCCAGCCACUCUUAUAUGAAGUGACUUCAAAUAAUUCCAUUAUUCCAAUGAUUGCUAGCUAAGUUCCAUCACCUAGUGAUGAUCACCACUGCCAACUACUAACACUGAGGGAGUAGCUACUCUGUGGCAGACACCAUUACUGCCCCGUGUGAUCCCCCAGCAGCUAGUAGAGGUAAGGAGUGGAAUUAUUACCAUUUCAUAGCCGGAGAAAAUGAGACACUGAGAGAUUAAACAACUUUUGUAAAGAAACAUAUCUAACAAGUAGCCAGAACUAUACACUGAGGAGAGAGGGCUCAGUGGUUAAGAGCAUUUGCUGUUCUUGCACAUAUCCCAGGUUCGAUUCCCAGCACCCACAUGGCAGUUCGCAACCCUCUGUAACUAUAUUACCAAGGGAUACAACGCCUUCUUCUAGCCUCUGAGACCACUUGGCAUGCACAUGAGACGCAGUUAUAUAUACAGUCAAAACACAGAUAUAAAACAAAAAUUAAGUUUUUUAAUGUUCAAAAACAUCCCUGCACUGAAUUCUGCCUUGAGCCUAUAUUCUUAGGCAUUAUCCAUAUUUUUUGUUUUUUGAGAAUGUACAUUUAGCAAAAAAAAUUUUUUAAAAGUUCCCUUCAUAAUUGUCUACUGGUGGCAGGGCAUGAUUUAAAAAACGAAAACACAAAGAAUGAACUUGUGGGCCUAAGACUUUAAAAUCCCGGUAACAUAGCAAUAUCUUACAAAGUAUUGGUCCGAGUAUUAUGACACUUUCUGAGUAGGGGAUGUUGACCAUCCACUGUCACAGGUAUCAGGUCCCGUGGUCACAUUAGGGCUAUGGAAGGUAAAGCAAAAGCCCCUGGAAUGGUAGGACUAAGAGGACACCUCUCAUACACAAGAAGGCAUUGAGGAUGCAGCUGAGGUUGUGUUGCAAAGUAGGGGCUGCUUUUCCUGUACCAGGCCUUCCUCGCUGGUCUACCCCUGAUCUCUCAAACCACCCCACCCGACCUAGCAGAGUUAAUGAGACAGCAGGUCAGGGAUCCCUGCUCCAAAUCAUCGCACUCCCUACUUCCUGUGUGGCCAUUUCCUUGAAAUGAAAAUGAAUAUGUAUGACAUAGUCCCUCAGCAGGGGCUUUUAGCAGCUGACCGAAGGAGAAACAAAUGGAAUAAGAGUAGACUAAGGGUCAAAUAAGUCUCAAGGAUCAGUGUGUAGGGAUUUUUAAAAAAAAAAAAAGGUGGCUGGGGGUAAAUGGGAGGAAUUGGGUGAUAAGCAUGUCCUCUGUCCCAAUGUUGAUGUGGCCUUGACUGAGAGCUUCUCAGUCGUGUGGAACACUAGAGAUUCCCAGUCCUUCUUGUAGAGCUUAAAAGCCAUCUUGACUUAGAGUGCUGUGAACAAAGAUGAAGGCACCUCGAGGAGAAAGAAAAAGUGAAAAGAAUCUUGGAGCGAAAGGUCACAUUUGAACUUAACGCCAGCAGCAGUCUUCCCUUUCAGGUUGUUUAGAUUUAUUCCUACCGAACGAUGAGCCCACGAAACAGCGUGCGCUGCCAGUUUAAAGUUCUCUUCUCUCAGCAGGUCUGAAACAAUCGGAGAAAGAACCCAACUGCAAGCCAUCUUGCUGGGCCAGCUCAGUUGGAGAGGGCUAAUCGCUCUGUUUAUAUUUAUGUUUUCCAAUAUCCCAGUAAAUCCAUGUAUAUGCUCACUAUAUUUAAUAACCACAAGUAGAGGUGUUCAUGGUCAAAGUGCUGCCUUUGCAGAGGAGCCUGUUUCUAAAGAAACCCAUGCUGUGAAGUAAGCUUGCUACUGUCAUAUGAACAGUGAUACCAACCACAUCAGAAGUCGACAAAAGAAAAUCGAGCUUAAGAUUGUCCAAGGAAUGUAUGCGGUAUCUAGGUGGGGGGAAAUGACCCAUAGGCUUUGUUUUGUCUCAGUACAGACAUCAUGUUUCUGCACUUUAGACUAAAGCAUGGAAGAAAUUAUCUAAGUAGGCAAUCAAAAUUCUCUGAAAGUGAUCCACUUCAGAUCUGAUAUAGGGCAGUGAUGAUUGUCUUUUUUUUAAAAAAGAAGAUGUACUGUUGACAUAUUGCUUUUCUUCUAUGCUGAUUCAUACCUAGAUUGGGUGAUUAUUUUAGCUGACAGUGGUACUGAUUUUUUUCUUCAGGUUAGUUGCUUUGUGGAUUUCUCUGGUAGCGAUAGUAGACUGAACCACAUUUAGAUAACCCAACUAUGUAAUGUAUGUGCAUACGUGUAUACAGACACACUAAUGGUAGAUGACUCUUUCAUGUGCUGCGCUAUUCUAUUUCAUAGUACGCCCUUGUAACUAACCAAUAUCACAGCUUUCAAAGAUUAAAGAAAAUCACAAUAGUAUAUCAAUAUUUCAUAUUUGCCAGUAGAAACAUGGAAGUUAGGUAUAGAUAUGUUUUCAAUGCCCAAUGACUUAUAAGAAAAAAGUAUUGGAAAAAUAAGAGAUUACAAGUGUCAAAACUAGUUGAAACUUCUUAUAAGACAUAGUAUUUAGUUUAUAAUUGAGAGCAGUCUUGAAUUCCAGUGUGAAUUUUAUUAAGUCUACCAUCUGGACAAAGCCCAAACCCUGUUUAUUUGUGGCCGUGAAGUUCACCUCCUCCACACACAAAAAAAGUUGACCUACAUGAUACCUAAGGUGUCUCCUUUCUCUACCACUUAGAGCCAACCAUUUUGAUGACUAAUGCAUAAGUUAGAAUUCAUGUAGACGCCUAAAGAAAGACCAACUUCGCCUCAUGUAGAAGUAGGCAGGUAAAAGUGAGCAAAAGCACGGCAGUCCCUCUAGGUACUCGUGCUCUUUAAUUAAAAAUGUCUGCCUUUAGUAGUCAGUUGGUACUGCCAUAAGUUGAUAAUAUCUUGAAAUUUGAAAAGUAUAUGUAAAUUUCAAUUGUUUUACUCCCCCCUCCCACCAAGGGCCUUUGGGAAUUCAUCAUUCAGAUAUCAGAUUCUACUUCAGCUUAUGCCUUUACUCUUCCCAAUAGAUAAAAGUACUCUAGUGUCUUACCAAAUGUUCUUAUAGAGAACAUUCUAUGCAUACAGUGUCAUUGUACAAACUCAUACCUCAGCUGACUUAACCAAAUUAUCUUUAUCUCCGUUCCUUCCACAGUAGGAGAGCCUUUAACAUUUCCAAUCCACAGAUUUCUUUUUAAGAGGAUAAGGGUUGGCUCAAGGGGUGACCACUGCCUUGAGAAGUUUACUUUUCUCAUGAAUUAGUAAGAGUUAGUUGGAUUCCCUAGCUUUUAGCAAACUUGGGCCAAAGGAAGGAAAGCCACUAAGACUACACAAGUCAUCUCCCCACGACAGAGUAGACACAAGUCUAUGAUAAGAUGAAUAGAAUGCACAUGGCACACCCAUAGACAUGACUUCCAUCAUUGGAGUAAAAUGGAUCAAAGUUUGAUUUAAGGCAGAUGCUUGAGGGAUCAUGGUAAUGUGUGUUAACCAAGGCCUUCCCCUGCUAUCUUACAGGCUUUUUGUUUGUCAUUUUCGCUUUUAAGAAAGUUCAGAGUGGUGAAAUGAUGGUUUUGAUCCUAACUUUUAUUCCAAUAUUUGGAUGACAAUGAGUUUUAGGGUAAAAGUUUUUCUGUUUGGAUUUAAUCUUUGAAGAAGCAAAUUCCUCAUUUACUUGUUUGAUUACAGCUCUCUGUUAUCUUUAAGAGAGGAAACUGCAAGCUGACUAGCAUGUUCUGUGAAUCUGCCAUUGUUAAAAACGUUAUAAACACUUAAUAUUUUUCACUGAUAAUUGAUCGCUGCAAUAAAAAUAUAUUGUGAAAAUGCAUCCACAAUAAAUGGAAUUCUUCCAGC